AGGCAAAUCAGGGUAUUGCACCUCAGCCUUCUAAUAGCAAUGGAGGUGUUGGGAACUGCAUUCCCAUUGGAAGGUUGCAUAAUCGAAGAACGUUUCUCAGGAAAUAUUUCGAGCCUUGUGUGAUGUUCGCGAAUGCGCGUUGAAAUGUUACUAAGCUGGCAGCCAGAGGUGCUUAUUUCUGGUCCAUGUCCCAGAAUCGAUGUUUCUUCUGAGUCUCCGCAUUCCGUCUAAUGCCGUUUUCCUGGAUUUCCAGCUAGUGAUGUUUGUAACAGAUUCUCAGGUGCAUUUUUUUUAAAUUAUGAUGUGAUUUCCUGCAUGGAAGUCUGGUUUACUUGGAAUAGGUUGGUUGUAUCAGAUUUUUUAAAUACAACUCCAGGCCGUCUCCUUCGUCUGGAACUCGUACAGUAGACACGUCCGUCUCGGUUUCUGUCAGAGCCCCCCCAUGCUCUUUAUGCUGCUCCCCUGCAUUUUUUAUUGAGCCUUUUGGAAGCGUCAUGCACGCCUGACUUCGUGCCGUUCGAGACGCGAUACAGCCGACGGGAUGAGUGCACAUGACGAGGACCUGUUGAACUUCGAGGAGGACGACGACGAAGUGCUCGAUCUCGACGCCGAGGAGGAGAAUGCCUUGCUGGCCAUCGAUGAGGAUGCGACCUAUGGGGAGGAGGAUGACAUCUUGGAAGUGUCAGAAGAACAAUACCAUUCCCUGCAGGAUGAAGCCCACUUGGCGUAUUCGGAAGAGGAUGGAAACGCGUCGGUAGCUCGGGUUCAGGCUCCCGCUGAGGCUCAAGUGGGGCUCAGUGAGGCCUCCGAUGAGCAGCACAAGGACACAUCAAAAUGGGAGGAAGAAGACGAAGAGGAAGACGAUGACGAUGACGACAGACAUCGGAGAAAUAGGAGAUUCGAAUCCGAACGGAAGUUGGACUCCGUCAAUCCCGCAACUACCACUACUGAACUAAUCCCUGAAUCUUUGGAUUCGGUAAAGGUGACUGCCAAGCCGCCGACCGCCAAGGCCCCGACGUCGGGCGCGCCACCACCCCGGCAGUCGCAGACCCCCCGCGGGAGGGGCAGGGGGAAUCGGGGCGGGGGCUGGGGGAGAGAGCCGAGGCACGGCCAGUGGAAUCGGCAGGCGCAGGAGAACAAGUUCAUGAACAUUCCCGUCUGGGACCCGCCGCCCCAGCAACACCACCCGGGUCCUGGCAUUGGGAACAUCCACAUUAAUCCCAGAUUUCACAGGGACAUGAGAGACCAGGGAGGAAUGGUGAGGGAUGGUAUGCUCCCAUUUGACUUCCCUCAGCCUCAGCUCCCUAUGCACUCCCACAUGCCUCCACCAACUUCCCAGUUUUCUGACUUUGCAAACUUUCCACCAGUCAUGCCCAACUCCUUUCAGCAGGGUUUUGGAAUGCAUUCAAACUUUGACCCCCCUCCCAUGGUGAGGCCAAUGAUAACAACACAGCAGCAGCAGGGAAGCCGAUUGAUUGGACCAAAUCAAGGAGGAACUCCACAAAGACCUCCUGCAGGUCAGAUCUUUUCUAGCUUGCAUUUCAUAAAUGCUGCUGUUGAAAGAAUUCCAAAUGAAGUUUGA